AUGGAGAUGGAAGACACAAACACAGACACAAACAAAUCUGGUUCUUCCUCGCCAAGUGGCUCUCCCUUGAGAACCGGACGUUGUCCCUUGCCAACUAUGCGGUCUCCUUCGCCAUUUUCACUAUCACCCUCACCAUUGUUGCCUGGCAGCUCAUCCUCAGGAUCACCAUUAAACAACGAGAAUCUGAAAUCCCUGACGGUGGACUUAGUGGGAGAAGACUUAGAGGUAGAGGAACAAGAAGGGACAGAGGGAGAGAAAGAGCCUACAAAUGAGGACUUGGAUACAAAAUUUGCGGCUAAUCUUCAACCUGUGUUUAAACUUGUCACAAGAAAUACUUUGAAGAGUGACAUUCUUAAAAUCUAUGAUAAUGAGAGGGAGAAAGCCUUGAAGAUGACAGACAAGAAUGGAAGUAGGAUGGCAAUUAAAAUUGAUAUGUGGACUUCAAGUAACAAAAAGAGAGGGUUUAUGGUAAUUACCGCUAAUUUUAUUGAUCAUACUUGGACGUUGCAAAGCUGGGUUUUAAGGUUUGUUUAUGUUCCUUCUCCACACACGAAAGAUGUCUUUGUUGAAGUCCUUGUUGAUUGUUUUUUAGAGUGGAACAUUAAUAGGAAGUUGUCCACAAUAACUGUUGAUAAUUGUAGUACUAAUGAUGCCAUGAUAAGACUUCUCUUGAAUAAGCUUGAUACUAGAUCUCUUAUGUUGGGUGGGUCUAUGUUGCAUAUGAGGUGUGCUGCACAUAUUUUGAAUUUUAUUGUUCAAGAUGGGUUGUCUUUUAUUGGUGAUGGUAUUGAAAGGAUUCGUGAUAGUGUGAUUUAUUGGACUGGAUCACCAAAAAGGAGGCAGGAAUUUGAAGAAAAUGCACGUCAAUUGCGUGUUCAAUGCACCAAAGAGUUAGUCUUGGAUUGUAAAACUCGUUGGAAUUCAACUUACUUAAUGCUUUCUACUAUAUUGAUUUAUAAAGAUGUUUUCUCAUGUUUGGCUAAAUGUGAAACAUCUUAUACUUGUUUACCAUAUGAUUAUGAUUGGGAGUUAGCCAAAGAUAUUUGUGGGAGGUUGGAGUUGUUUCAUAGUGCGACUGAGUUUUUCUCUGGCCAUAAGUACCCCACAACUAAUAUGUAUUUUACUUUGGUGUAUGAGUUGAAAAUUGCAUUGAAUGAAUGGAGUUUGUCUUCAAAUGAGAUGAUAAGUACGAUAGCAGAAAGCAUGCUUGCUAAAUUUAAUUCUUAUUGGGCUAAUGUUAGUGUUGUUAUGCCUAUUGCUGCUAUCUUAGAUCCAAGAUAUAAGAUGAAGUUAUUAGAGUUUUAUUAUCCUAACAUUCAUGGUGAUAAUUCUGAUUUGGAGAUUGAAAAAAUUAAGAAUCUUUGUUAUGAUUUGCUUGAUGAGUACGGAGAUAUAGAUGAGUUCCCUGUAGAUAAUAAAGGAAGUUCUCAUAUUCCUGCAAGUACUUUAAGCCCUGUGGCACAAAUGAGUUUAGGUUGA